AUGCUAUUCCGCUUCUCCACAGUCUGGAAGACUAAUCGCGUGGCCCUGUCCCAACUCCCCAGAUAUUCCCGAGGACGGCACCCUACCCAACCCCUACAUAUCGAUACUGCCGCUUCCCGCCACGGCUCCGCCUCGUACUUGAGAUCCGUGCUUGAGGACGACGACGACGACGAGAGUCCCAACUACUUUGACGAAGGAUACGAACACCAGUUCAUGAAUGGAACCCCCCUUCACAGUCGUCUAGAUAGCGAGCCGUUCAUCCCAGUCCUCAAUUCCCCUCCUCAAAUGAAACGAUCGUCACGACGGGCAACGAGCAUGGCACUACAUACACCUAUGAACAGAACACCUUCCCUAUACAUUGAAAAGGAUUCGCGUGCUAUGUCGAUGUCAAUGGGUGCGGGAGAUCCAAGGCACCCCAAAGCCCCGGGAAAGAAGAUCAGCUCCUUCUUCAGCUGGAAGGCGGCGAAUAACAAUACAGCCACAUCCCCUGGAGGCGAAUCAUCGAGCACGGAUAUCUCCGACUCCGGUCGAGCGGCAAUGCCUCCCCCUAUGCCAGCAUUAGCAAACGUCCCUUUCAAGCCCGGCUCUCCGUACGAUUUCAAGUCCAAUGGAUAUGGUCUCCCGGCGCGGACUUCACUAGGGGCAUCGAGUAUAAAGGAAAGUAUGCUCAUGUCGAAGAUGGCAGACAUAGAGAAUGAAUUACGAGAGAUAACUAUCGAAUUGGCGCGAUCGAUUGGCCGAGAAAUUGAUCUGGAGGAUCUAGUCGAACGGCUACAAUCAGAAGGUCCGGACGUCAAUCGACGUACAAGUGACUAUUUCUCAGACUCGGGUACUAGCUCUAUUCGCUAUGCCUCUGAUCCUGGGAAGAGCGAAGAGAUCGAGAAGAUUCGUCGCGCUGCAGCGCAAGAACGGGCACAGCUCAAGGUUGACUUGUCGCAGAAGUUACAGGACGAGCGAUCUCAGCGGUUGGCAUCGGAGUCUCAUGUCCAAAUCUUGGAAUCUCAAGUUCAACAGCUCCGACGCGAAAGAACGGACAUGUCCGAUUUGUCAUCGAAAACUAAGGAACUCGAGACUGCUCUGGAAAAUACCAAACGAAAGCUGCUUGAAGAGCGGCAAUCCAAAGAUAACUUUGAGGACCUACUUACCGCAAUGCGGGUAGAGCUGGAACAACUUCGUAAUGAUCGAGAUCAACUUCGAGAUGAAACCAGGCUCCUAGAGGAAAUUGAAGCUUUGAAAAUCGAAAAUGCUUCUUUGGCUCAGCUACAGAGCGGUCGAUUUGCUUCGAUCGCCGAGGAAGGUAGCUCACCCAAAAACUCGACAUUUGGUGUGUCACGAUCGGGCUCCAUUGCACGUAAGCCCAGCGGCUUAGCCCGCUCGGGUUCGCUAUCUCGGUCCAACUCAGUCAAUAAUACCAGCAGUAAUAAAUCACCAGAAACACGUGAAUCGUUGGCUGACAAGGUCCACGAUAUCGAAGUUCAACGUGAUGCCCUCCACCAGGCAUUGCGAAGCCUCCUCGACCGCCAGGCAUACCAGGCCCGCGAGUACGAGAAGCGCACUCGUAUUCUGGAAAUGGAACUUGCUCAGGCCCAGAAAUCGGGUCAGCCGCGGAAAUUAGGCUAUGAGAGAGAUUUGCGCAACCUACGUGACGAUGUGAACCAUCUCCGCAUGCGCGCCGAGGAUGCCCUAGAUGGCAAGUGGCAGUGUGAGAAGAAUCUCGCUGGACUGAAAAUGGACUUGGACCGUGCCGAGCAGGAGACCAGCUCUCUACGCGCGCUUCUUCUAGAGGACACUACUGCUGGUGCAGAGUUGAUGACAGGUCAAGAAGGUUUUGCUGAGGUCGUGACCACAUCUUCUUCCUUGCAAUCUGCAUUCCAGCAAUUGCAGGCGGAUCGAGCUGAGGCCGAGGCUGAUGUUGCGGAUUCGGAAGAGCUUGCUUCCUCCCUCCUCCGGACUGGGGCACUGGGCAGCAAAGUCCAAAAUCAGCUUCAGAUCAACAUCUCUUUGCAUGCCCGUCUAGCAACGGCUAUUGAUAAGGGUGACAAAGAUCAGCAGAUCUCAGUUGACCGGAUCAACAUUCUACAGAACCACAUGAGGGAGCUGGAGGAAACUCUUUUGGUUGCUCAAAAUCACUCGGAAGAAGAGAUGGGCAAACGCGAGGAGGAGAUUCGUUUGCUGAAGGAAAGCCAGCAUGCCCAGCUCACGCGGAUGAUGAAUGGUAGUCGCAAUCUAGUCGGCCUCUCGCCCCGGCCCCCGAACGCACCCUUCGAUUCUCGCCCACCGCGUCUAGACCAGACCACGAGCGGCCAAGGUGUACCCUUGGCCGAGGUUGUCCAAUCCGAAAUUUUCGAGCGACGAGUCAAAGAUCUCGAGAAGCUCCUCCGUGAGGCGGAUAUGGAGAUGGAGCAAGUGGUUGGACGGAUGAACCGCACGCAACUCGAUGUAGCUCAGCUUCAAACUGACAGAGACGACGCUCUCCGCCAGACCCGUCAACUUCAAACCGAGAUCCAAGCUGAGCGUGACACCCUCAGGAGGCUCCUCAACGCCCUGUAA